UGGGAUUAACAUAGAUAAAGUUGUUCAAUAUAUAAAAGAAAGUCAGUCAUAUGACUACGGUAUUGGUCAAGGACCUGGCGAAGAGUCACAUGGAGGGUCAAAAGAUAAAACAAUAUUCUGGCUUAUAUCACGCCAAGAAAGUGGGUUUCAAGGACGAGCCAAUAAACCACCUGAUACAUGCUAUUCAUUUUGGAUUGGUGCAUCGUUAAUGAUAUUAGAUUCUUUUGAAUUUAUUGAUUAUGAACAGAAUUAUAAAUUUUUAAUGGAAACUAAAUCACCAAUUGGUGGAUUCUCAAAAUGUCCUGGAUAUUAUCCCG